GGAGGAGGAGGAGUUGGAGAUAGAGAGAGGAAAAAGAAGGAAGAGACCCAGGCCUAAAUCAUUCCUGGCUUCCUUUUAAUAGUUUAAGCCAGCUAAAGGGGUGAAAAGGGAGGCUUCCCCAGAAAGGAAGAAGAGGGGAGAGUUUCCUUAACCCAACCCGCGAACGUGUGAAUGCGACUCCUGGUAGGCUACAGUGUUUGCAAAAAAAAGGGGGGGAGGAAAGAGAGGAGGAGAAUCUGGGCUUCGGCGAGUUUCCUUGCAAAAGGGGCUGAGUGCAUUGGAAGGAGCAGCAAGUUGGAUCCAGCUCUUUUCACCUGUACAUUCAUAACUGCUGGAGUUAACAAAGAGAAGUAAACGUCCAUCUGCUCGUUGGGUCAACCUCAGAAGGAUUCCGCAUGCAGACAUGGCGAGCUGUUGCUCAGUGCCCAGAUGCAACAACCGACGUUGGCGUGGAGCCCACGUCACGUUUCACAGGUUUCCUCUCACAAAGGAAGACCAGUUGAAAAAGUGGCUCGUGAACAUCGGACGCCAGAACUUCACUCCCUCGUACAACGACGUCGUGUGCUCAGAGCACUUUAGGAGGACAGAUUUUUGGGGCAAAGUGGCUUCCGGGCGACGGGAACUCAAACCCGGAGCAAUCCCGACUGUCGUUCGUCGGCCGAAAAAGGGCUCUGGAAAGGGUCUCGCUAAAAUGAGAAAGUGCCUCGUCCGGCGUAAACCGCCCGAUCUGGAACCAAGCAGCCAAACUUUGGCAGUCGGCGAAAGCGAUGUCAAAGCAGCAGCCUCCUCCAAGAGCGACAUUGUGAUCCUGGAGCAUUCGUACUCGGCUCCAGCAAGCCCAGCCUCUUCCGCCUUGGAUCUCCGGGUGGCGUCGAUCCGGGAGAAAAGCAGCGCCGCAGACUCAGAGGCGAGGAAAAGCCCUCGGCUCCUCCAGGCGAGGAUCAGGAGAGAAUGCAGGGAGAGGUCGGGGCCAAACGUCCCGGAGCAGCCCAUCGACAACUCGGACGCCCAGCGCCAGCACUUCCGCCAGUUCCGCUACGAGGCGGUCAAAGGGCCCCGAGAGCUUUGCAACCGGCUCUGGGACCUUUGCCACCAGUGGCUAAAGCCCGGGAAGCACACCAAAUUGCAGAUGCUGGAGCUGGUGAUCCUGGAGCAGUUCCUGGCCAUCCUGCCCCGGGAGAUGCAGGUCUACGUCAAAGAAGAGGGGCCCACGGACUGUAACCACGCCGUGACGCUGGCGGAGGAUUUCCUACAGAGUCAGCAAGAGGCAGAGGAGGGGGUGACUGAUUUGUCCAAAGCAAAGAAGACUCCCUCACAAGCUCGGCGUCUGCCACAAGCCAGAAGAAUCGUCAAGAAAGAGGACUGGGGUGGUGCCACACUGGAAGACAUGACUGUGAGCGACAGCCGGGCGGAGGGCGUUCCAGAGGAGGCCCCUGUGCCAGAAGUCGUAUCUCAGGAGGAAGUCUUCACUGUGGUUGAGGCUGCUGAAACAGGCGCCAUGAUGGGGAGCAAAGGCGAGGAGGGGAAGCCCUGCGAAGAAUUGCCAGGCGGAGGCGAGGACAAAGACGUGGAAGAGAACGGAGCGUCGGAAAAAGAGAAGGAGACAGUGGCAGCAGGAAAUGACCAAGCACAGAAGAACGAAGAUGAAAGCUGUCAGGCAGAAGGACCUGGGCGGGCAGGCAGCAGUGCGACAUCACUGGAAGACUGUGAAGGCGAUGGUUUGCAGGGUCUGAACCUCACUGUUCAUGAGAGGUCUCAUAUGGGGGAGAAGCCUUUUGGCUGCUCCAAGUGUGGGGAAAGCUUCAGCCGCAAAUCACUCCUUCUCGAACACCGAAGAUCUCACCCCGGAGACACGCGAUACGGAUGUUCCGUUUGUGAAAAAAGGUUCAACAAGCGAGCACGCCUCAUUGCACACGAGAGAUCUCAUACGGGAGACAAACCCUAUCAGUGCUCCGACUGUGGGAAGUCCUUUGGUCAGGAAGCAUCCCUUGCUACACACCAGAGGACCCACACUGGGGAGAAACCGUACGAGUGCCUCGAGUGUGGGAAAAGUUACCCGUGGAAAACAUCCCUUGCCGUACAUCAGAAAAUCCAUGCGGGAGAGACCUACACAUGCCCUGUCUGUGAGAAAAGCUUCAACCAGAAAUCGUUGCUUAGGAUACACAAGAGAAUCCACACGGCCGAGAAGCUGUACAAGUGCUCAGAUUGCGACCAGAGCUUCACCCUUGAAAAAUACCUGAAUGCACACAGGGUGAGGGCUCACACCCGAGAGAGGCCGCACGCGUGCGCCCAUUGUGACAAAACCUUCAUUUUCAAAUAUUCCCUCAUCGAACAUCAGAGAAUGCACACAGACGAGAGGCCCUUCAAAUGCUCAGAUUGCGGCAAGCGCUACAACGGGAAAGCAGCUCUCGUCGUACACCAGAAUACCCAUGCGGGAGAGAAACCCUACCUUUGCCAAGACUGUGGUAAGAGCUUCAAAACCAAAUGUGCCUUGACCGGACAUGAGAAGCGUCACAAAGGAGAGAAGCCCCACAAAUGCUCACACUGCGACAAAAGCUUCUACUGGAAGCAUCGCCUUGUUUUACACGAGAGAAUCCACACAGGCGAAAGGCCGUACCAGUGCCCCGAGUGCGGGAAAAGCUUCAGGUACAGAAACAACUUGACGAAGCACAAAAGGAACACGCACGAGACCAUUCGCACGGGGGACAGGACCUACCAGUGCUCGAUCUGUGGCAAAAGCUUCCGAUGGCGACGGAGUUUCAUUUUGCACGAGAGAGCCCACACAGGGGAGAAGCCCUACAAGUGCCCGGAAUGCGGGAAGAGCUUCAUGAGCAGAGUGUCCCUCAUAGUUCACAAGAGGAUCCACACAGGGGAGAGGCCCUACCAGUGCCCCGAGUGUGGCAAGAAUUUCAUUAAAAAACAGGCCCUCAGUAAACACAAGACAGUCCACACAGGGGAGAGGAGAUACCUGUGUACCGUAUGCGGACGGAGGUUCUCUAACAAAGGUAACCUGAUCAGGCACAUGAAAAUCCACACCGGCGAGAAACCGUACGUCUGCCCGAUAUGUGGGAAAAGUUUCAUUCAGAAGGUGUGCCUGAUUGAACACGAGCCGACCCACAGCAAAGAGAAGCCCUACGUCUGCCCGGAUUGCGGGAAAAGGUUCAAGCGGAAAAGGGGGUUCCUGUUGCAUUUGAGAAUGCACAGAGGGGAGGUGCCCCGCGAAAGCCCCAAGAAAAGCGCCAACGGCGGGGAAGCUGCCAGUGCAGGCACCAAGCCCCCCGCGAAAGAGAAGUCCCACCCCUGUUUGGACUGCGGGAAGAGCUUCCACUCCGAAUGCCACCUCAUUAUGCACCAGAGGACGCACACGGGAGAGAAGCCGUACCAGUGCACCGAGUGCGGGAAGAGGUUCAGCCAGCAGUCGUCCCUCAACACGCACCAGAGAGUCCACACGGGAGAGAAGCCGUCGCUGUGCACCGAGUGCGGGAAGCGCUUCCACAACAAGAGCAACCUGGCACGGCACCAGCGGAUCCACACGGGGGAGAAGCCCUUUGCGUGCCCCGAGUGCGGGAAAACCUUCAACCAGAAAGCCUCCCUGGAGGCGCACAAGGCCACCCACAGCAAAGAGAGCCCCUUCUCGUGCGCGGACUGCGGGAAGAGGUUCAAGCUGAAGGUGUCCCUCCUCGUGCACCAGCGGACGCACACGGGGGAGAAACCCUACGAGUGCUUGCAGUGCGGGAAAAGGUAUAUCAGGUGCUCGCAGCUGAGGAGGCACGAAAGGACGCACAUCAUGCAGGCAGAGUUGAUUGCUGAACCUGUUGAAGUUACAGAAUUUCCUGUGGAAGCAAUAAGCACUGCUGUGGCCCCAUUGCCAGUCCUGAGAGAGAGAGAGAACAUGGCUGCCGUAAAGCGAGGUGAUCUUUUGGCUGCGGGGCUGGAGUCCGAGGAGGCUCUGCAAGAUUCAGCUGCCCUCAAAGCAGAGAGGAGGAGGACUGAAAGCGCUCGGGCUGGGUGUGGCGUGGAAACCUGCAGAAAAACUGCUCCAGAGAUCUUGAAUCGAGACGCUCCGAAUUCCGGUGCCGAGUUCAGGCAGUUCAGGUACCAAGAGGCCAUUGGCCCCCACGAGGUUUGCAGCCGGCUCCUGUACCUUUGCUGCCGGUGGCUGAGGCCCAAGAGACUCACCAAGGAAGAGAUGUUGGAGCUGGUGGUCCUGGAGAAGUUCCUGGCUGUCCUGCCCCCGGAGAUGGAGAGGUGGGUCAGGGGAGGCCGCCCAGGGAGCUGUGUCCAGGCCGUAACCCUGGCGGAAGGUUUUCUACUGAAGCAGCAGGAGGACAGAGGGCAAACGGUCCAGGAGCCAUUCAUAGAGGUGGUUGGCCCUUUAUCUGAUGCAAAGAAGGUUCUGUCGGACGGCUUUGAAAGGCCGGGACGUGGAGCCAAAACCAGCACAAUGAAAUUCCACAGAGAUAAAGACAGUGAAAUGGCACCUGAGGCACAUUCUGAAUCUUCUCCCUUUUCUGCUGGAGGGGGGAAAGCCACCAUCCAGCCAGCUCAGGAGCCAGUGGUUUUCGAGGAGGUGGCUGUGAAUUUCACAGAGGAGGAGUGGGCCCUGCUGGAUCCAGGCCAGAGAGCAUUGUACCGGGAGGUUAUGUUGCAGAAUUACGGGAUGGUGGCCUCUCUAGAAGCUCUGCUGAUUCCAAAGCCUGACCUCAUCUGCCAGUUGGAAGAGGAAGAGUUCAUCGAGCAGUGUACUGAGAAAGGGGAGAGUUUUAAAGGCUGGAAGAGGGAGAAUGAGGAUGAAGUUUAUGAGGCUCCUGCGGAGAGACCUGAGGCUCAAGGUGCGAAAGAGAUAUUUGUGAGUGAAGAUGGACCAGAGGUGCAGGUUGGAAAGCCGGCAGUGAAGUGGAAGGACAGAUACCAUUAUUUGCACAAUGUGGAGUUCCACGAAAGCUCGUUCCAAAAGGAACCGUGCAAAGUAAGGAGGAGGAACGAGUGCGCUGUGUGUGGGCAGAUCUUCAGUCACAAAUCGAGCCUUGUUACUCAUCAGAGAAUCCACACAGGCGAGAGGCCCUAUAAAUGUGCAGUUUGUGGAAAGAGCUUCAACCGAAGGACGCGACUCACUUCACAUCAGAGGCUGCACACAGGGGAGAAGUUGUAUAGCUGUUCAAACUGCAGCAAGAGCUUUUGCGAAAAAUCGAGUCUUAAUGCCCAUCAGAGAAUCCACACAGGAGAGAGACCCUAUAAAUGUUUGAACUGUGGGAAAAGCUUCAGCCGCAGCUCAAACCUUAUUGCUCACCAGAAAAUCCACAUGACACAGAAACCCCGUAAUCACUCAAAAAGCAGCAAGGGCUUCUCUGUUCAGUCUAAGCAUGUUUCACGUGAGAGAAUUCACAAAGAAGAGAAGGAUCUGUGUAGUUCCGUAAUCUUUAGCAAGAGCAUCUCUAAUGACAUGAGUCUUAUUGGACAUCCAGAAAUAUAUGCGGAAGAAGAUCCUUAUAAAUGUUUUGACUGUGGAGAAAGCUUCAGUAAGAGCUCCAACCUUUUUAACCACCAGAGAAUUCACUUAGAGGAGAAACCAUACAAAUUCUGUAGCAAUAGCUUUUCAGACAAAUCCGGUCUUAUGACACAUCAAGGUAUCCACUCAGGAGAAAAAACAUAUAAAUGCUCAGUGUGUGAAAAGAGCUUCAGUCGCAACUGGAGCCUCCUUACACAUCAGAGAUACCACAGAGGGGAGAAACCUUAUAAAUGCUCGGACUGCAGCGAAAGCUUUUGCGACAAAUCAAGCCUUAUCAGGCACCAGAGAAUCCACACAGGAGAGAAGCUCUAUAAAUGCUUCAUUUGUGAGAAGAGCUUCAAUCAGAGCACAAACCUUUUCACACACCAGAGAAUCCACACGGGGGAAAAGCCGUAUAAGUGCAUCGAGUGUGGGAAAAGCUUUAACCAGAGCUCACAUCUUAUCAGGCAUCAGAGGCUCCACACUGGAGAGAAACCCUACAAGUGCUCCGAAUGUGGGAAAAGCUUCACUCAGAGUCCAAAUCUCAUUCGGCACUGGAAAAUUCAUGCCAGAGAGAACACGUAACGGCGGCUUUUUGACUUUUAUUUAGAAAAAUAAAAGCACCAAUCAGCCCACAAGAGAAUGACACAUUAGAUGACUUGUUACGAGCUCAAGCAAAUGAGAGGUGGAAGAUUCCUGCAUUUCAGGUGCUAGAUUGGAUGACCUUUUUGGUACCUUCCACUUCUAUGAUACGGUCGUGCAGCAGAAGAGUUUCGUGUGCAUGUAACAUUUCCCCAGAUCUCUCCGGGCUUUUUUCCCCUGCAGAGACUGCAGUCCCAUCCUAGUAGUAUAAGCAAGGUAGAGCUACAGUAUAGAGUUGGAAGUGUGAGUGUUCCGAGUUUUCGUGAAUAAAAUAAAUGUAGUGCUUAAGCAACUGCUAAGAACGUAAGAAAGAGCCCUUCUGGAUCAGGCCGAGGCCCUGUCUGGUCCAGCACUUUCAUCUCACAGCGGCCAACCAGAUGCUCCAAUGUAAAGCCACCAAGCAGACCCUGAGCACAGGUGGUACCCUCUCAAAACCACAGUUCCCAGCACCUAGUAUACUGCCUCCGUCUGGGGAGGCCGAUCAUGGCCUCUGUUGUGACAGAGCGCUAGAAACUAGAUGGUCAGUUUUUUGAAUUUUUGUACCAAUUUCAAUCUGCUUGCAUCUCAUUCGAGAUAAACUUGUUUCCCUCUGAGUUUCUCCUCUCCCUGGUCCUGUAUAAAAAUAAUACUGCAUUUCUUGCAAGAUCUGUGGUUGAGGUUAGGUGUCCGGUUGUUGUUGUUCCAGUCUCCACCACUGCCGUCCAACUUAGAUUCCCCAUUUCCCCAGACGCCCAGAACUCGAGUGCAAAUCUAGUAGCUGUUCGAAAUGAGAUGUUGGCAGGUGAAAGGAUUUAGAGAGACAACUCUGGUGCCUGUCCACUUCCUGCCAAGGGCGCUUUGUGCUUUCUAGCUCAGAUUUUGGCUUAGACCCGCCCCCUGUCUCUGCUCUUGGGGUCUUGGGGGUAAUCACGGAGGCUCAAGAGGAGGUGGAUGUCGGGCACAGACCAGCAGUAACUCGCAAGGUGUCAGUGAAGUUAACUCUUCAUUCAAAUAAACAAAACAUCUCAGGCCUAGUGAGCACAGCAACUUCCAUAGCAACAGCUUUCCAGGCAAACCCAGUCUUCCCAGUAGGCCUUGCCCCUAUGAGGCAGGACUGAAGGCCUUCCUACAGCUCUCUUUAAGUCUUCUCCCUCAGGUCCUUCCAGAGCAAUCAGAGACUCCAGGGCCUUGUCUGUCACCGCUCCACUGUCUUCAUUCCUCUUCUGGUCCUGGGAGACCAGUGGAGAGGGGAACUUAUCGUAGUAGGAGAAGGAGGAGGAGACACACGUGAUGCCAGCCUAACUCAAUCUCUGCCUCUGGUCCCCUCACCUCUCCAGGCUCCUCUUCUGCCACUGGUUCUGAACUGCUCUCUGCCACAGCCUCUUCCUGCUCACUAAACCCUGUUAACUUUUCAGUUUCUGACACCUCCUCCUCCCAGUCUUUUCCUUCCAACCACUCAUUGUUGUCCCACCACACACCCCCAGGCUCUGAGCCUUCUUCCCCUGGGGGUUCCCCAGUUGCUACCUCCCACCACUUUUCUGCAUCCAGCCACUCCGUGACAUCACGGGGGUGGGGGGCUUGUGCAUCUACAGGUGGUGUGUCAGGUCUCUCCCAUUCCUCAGUCUUCCUCCAGUGCAGGGGCCCCCAAACUUACCUGGCUUCGGGCCAGUUCCUCCGGCGCUGAUGGCGCGAUGAGCCGGUAGGGCGGGAGAACGUGCUCCCAUACGAGCGCACACUUGCUUUUUCUGGCGCGGCGCCGGAAAUGGCUUCUGCGCAUGUGCAUACAUCAUUUCCGGUGCACUUCCAGGUCCGGUGCGGCACCAGAAAUAGCUUGUGUGCGUGCGUAUGGGAGCGUGUUCCCCCGUUCUCCGGCCCGCGCAUGUGCACAAGCUAUUUCUGGCGCCGCAAUGACCUGGAGAUGGGCAACCGCACUGCGACACGCCAGUAAGAGCAGGUGGCAUCGGGGGCCGCACAAUUGGCUCGCGCGGGCCACAUAGAGUCCCUAUCCUCUUCCCUGCUGCGUUCUGCACGGGCAACACAAAGGCUGAGGAGGAGAAAGGUGAUGGCCAGAGCCGCCUGAAGUUUCCAACUAAACAUACCGAAACUGGCCCAUGGGUGAUGGGAGUCCACCAACAUUGGGAGCGACAGAAGUUUCUGCACGUCCAGGGGGUGGUUUGCUAGGGACAUCCGCUGGUAAACAGCAACCCGUUCUUGACGACAAGCUGGGCUGUAUGUCGAAAACCAUCAGGAAACCCAUUCAGUUAAUAUGGGGGGGGGAGAGAGGAUGUGUCCUGACCUGAACUGGGGAACCGCAGUUAAAAAACAGGAAGCAGAGGCAGAGGGACCAACCAUCAGCUUUCACAAUGGAGGAAUGUAAACAGGAUCUGUCCUGCAAAAAAGGCCGAUGCUAUUUCAAGCCUGCCGCAACUGGCUUGGCAUCUUUGGCGAGGAUCGGUGUUGCUGAGUUCAUGGAAGGCAUAGAAAUGUUUGCCACCCAUUCCACGAAACGAGAGCACCCAUAAGAAUCUGCUUGGGUUUGGUUUUCCACAAGGAGGAAAAACCAAUGCGGACCUCCAAAUGUUUGCCCAUCAGUUGGUGCAAAAUGCAGGUAUUGCAACUGCUCACAUGCUGCCCAACAGGUAUUUAAAAUGGUUGGCAUCUGCCUGUCUUGAGAGACAAUGGAGUGCGCCUCCGAGGGUGAAGUCAAACAGGUGGGGGAUCACAGCGGCUGCUGUGGCUGCAGAGGCCAGCAACACAUAACUGCUGCUUCCCAGCCACCCUCAACAAACUGCAGUUUGCAUAAUUCUUUUGAGAAGCCAUGGCUGAUUGACGUGGCAUGGCACGUGCUUUAAAUGUACAGUGCAGAUGGGGUGUAAAAUUGCAUAUUCACCUGAGAAUUCUCUCCUCUAGGUAGGCAAAGGUUUUAGCUAACAAAUGGAAGUUUAUUUUGUCCCUACUUCAUGCAUGGUCUUUCACAGUACUGCAGGAGGUGGUGAUGGCUGCUAACCUUUAAAAGGGGAUCAGGCAAACCCAUGAAGGAUGAGGCUAUCAAUGGUCCAUCCGCAUGAAGGAUAUAUGGAACCUCCAUCUUCAGCAGCAGUUGUACCUCUGAAUAUGAGAUGUGGAACAGCAGGGCAGUGCCUCUCUAGCCUGCUUGGUAUC